UGACCCACCGAGAGGGCAGUGUGAUCGCUUUGGUGAAGUUUUCAGUUGGCCGAGUUUUUCCAGUGCAUUGUGUUUAUUUUUGCAUUUUGUGGGAAAAAUGGCAGAAAUUGAUGAGUUAUUUGAGUGUUUUGAAGACAGCCAAGUGCAGAGUGAACCCCAGGUACCUAUGGUGAUCAGCGAUGAGGCUGAAACUAAGGAAUCUACCGAGGAGUCUUCUGGCACAAAACGUCCGGCUGAUUAUGAGGAAAAUAAUAGUGAACGAACGAAAAAGAAGGCACAUACAGAAUCUGUUCUGGACGACGUCAGUUUGGACGUAUUGGAAUCCCGGAUAACAAUUCACGUGAUAGACUCUCCGGAAGCCUGUACACACGAGGUAGCUGUGUACCCUGGCCAGGAAUACAUCCCUCUGGAGCCUCUUACGGGUCCUCCAGCCAAGGAAUACUCUUUUGUGCUAGAUGCCUUUCAGAAGGAAGCGAUCUUGUGCAUAGAAAACAAUCAGAGCGUUCUCGUGUCUGCUCAUACUUCAGCCGGAAAGACCGUUGUGGCUGAGUAUGCCAUUGCUAAAUCUCUAUCUGCCAAGCAGAGAGUUAUCUACACCACUCCCAUCAAAGCUCUCUCCAAUCAGAAGUACAGGGAGUUUCAGGAAGAGUUUAAAGAUGUGGGAAUCGUAACUGGAGACGUUACGAUAAAUCCCUCCGCUUCCUGCUUGAUCAUGACUACAGAGAUUUUGAGGAAUAUGCUCUACAGAGGCUCAGAAAUCAUGCGAGAGGUGGGAUGGGUGAUCUUUGACGAGAUCCACUACAUGAGAGACAAGGAGCGUGGUGUUGUGUGGGAAGAGACUCUGAUUCUCCUUCCGGACAAUGUUCACUACGUCUUCCUCUCAGCCACAAUUCCCAAUGCUCGACAAUUCGCCGAGUGGGUCUGUCACAUUCACAAACAGCCUUGUCAUGUGGUCUACACAGAAUUCAGACCGACGCCCCUGCAGCAUUAUCUGUUCCCGGCAGGAGGAGAUGGGAUACAUUUGGUGGUCGAUGAGAAGGGACAGUUCAAGGAGGAGAAUUUCAAUGUGGCCAUGACAGUGCUGCAGAAUGCAGGAGAUGCCGCCAAAGGGGAUCAAAAGGGCAGAAAGGGUGGAGUUAAGGCCAAUAGUGCAGGAGGGACCAAUAUCUUCAAAAUUGUAAAGAUGAUCAUGGAGAGAAAUUUUGCUCCAGUUAUUAUUUUUUCCUUCAGCAAAAAGGAUUGCGAAGUUUAUGCUCUGCAAAUGGCCAAGUUGGAUCUGAAUACAGCAGAGGAGAAGAGGCUUGUGGAUGAGGUGUUCAACAAUGCCAUGGAUGUGCUGUCGGAUGAGGAUCGGAAAUUGCCUCAGGUGGAAAAUGUUCUUCCGCUGUUGAGACGAGGAAUUGGCAUUCAUCAUGGUGGACUCUUGCCAAUUCUGAAGGAGACAAUUGAGAUUCUGUUUGGAGAAGGCCUCCUGAAGGCUCUAUUUGCUACCGAAACUUUUGCCAUGGGUCUCAAUAUGCCCGCCAGAACGGUUUUAUUUAGUGCUCCAACAAAGUUCGAUGGAAAGGAAUUCCGAUGGUUAACUUCUGGGGAGUACAUUCAGAUGUCAGGGAGAGCAGGAAGACGGGGGCUCGAUGACAAGGGAAUUGUCAUUUUGAUGAUAGACGAAAAGGUGUCACCGGCUGUUGGGAGGCAAAUAGUUCAGGGAAAACCAGAUCCGAUUAAUUCAGCCUUUCACUUGACGUACAAUAUGGUGCUGAAUUUGCUGAGAGUGGAAGAAAUAAAUCCGGAAUAUAUGCUGGAGAGAUCUUUCUUCCAGUUUCAGAAUCAAUCGUCCAUUCCGGAAUUGUAUCGGAAGGUUCAGUUGAAGCAGAAAGAAUUGGAGGGGAUUAAGGUUAAGGAUGAACAUGUUGUAUCUUCAUAUCACAAUAUUCGGAUGCACUUGAAUACGCUUGGGGAGAAAUUUAGGAAUUUCAUAACAAAACCUGAGUAUCUGGUGCCAUUUUUGCAACCUGGACGAAUGGUGAAGGUACAAACGGAAGAUCAUGAAUUUGAUUGGGGAAUUAUUGUGAAUUUCAAGAAGCAGGAAUCAAAAGUGAAUCCUCUUACGAGUAAAACCAUUGUCAUUGUGGAUGUUUUGCUCUAUGUUGAUGAUGAUUACUCAAAAGAUUCCCUCCCGAAACCGUGUCCGGCUAACAAAAAGGGUUCCGUGGAAGUUGUUCCGGUUCUUCAUACGCUUAUUGCCAAAAUUAGCUCCCUCAGAGUCUACUAUCCAACGGAUCUGCGACCAGCGGACAAUCGACGGAGUGUCCUUAAGACAAUUCAAGAGGUAAAAAAGAGAUUCCCCCAAGGACCUCCCCUACUCAAUCCCGUCAAUGAUAUGAACAUCAAAGAGAAGGAAUUCAUUGGGAUUGUCGAACAAAUUGAUCAGUAUGAGAAGAGACUAUUUUCCCAUCCUCUGCACGAGUCUCCGGAACUCGAUAAUCUCUAUACGCAAUUUACGCAGAAGGUUCAAAUUGAGGCGGAUCUCAAGGCGGCCAAGAGCGCUUUCAAGGAGGCCAAGAGUCUCUUGCAGAUGGACGAGUUGAAGAACAGAAAAAGAGUACUCAGACGUUUUGGCUACUGCACUCCGGCCGAUGUGAUUGAGUUCAAGGGCAGAGUGGCAUGUGAACUCAGUUCGGCAGAUGAACUGCUAAUCACUGAGUUAAUUUUCAAUGGUAUUUUCAACUCCUUGACUACGCCACAGUGCGUAGCGUUGCUGAGCUGCUUCGUAUGCGACGAAAAGACUUCAGAGCAACCUAAAGCCGCAGAAGAAUUGUCAGGUCCUUUACGGCAAAUGCAGGAUUUAGCUAAGAGGAUAGCUAAAGUUUCAGUAGAGUGCAAAUUAGAUCUGGACGAAGAUCAAUAUCUGGAGCGUUUUAAGACAUCGAUGAUGGAUGUCAUUCUGGCUUGGUGCAAAGGAUCGUCAUUUUUGGAUAUUUGCAGGACAACUGAUCUCUUCGAAGGCUCAAUUAUUCGGUGCAUGAGGCGUCUGGAGGAAUUGCUUAGGCAAAUGUGCCAAGCAUCGAAAACAAUUGGAGACACUGGAUUAGAGAACAAAUUUUCCGAAGGAAUCAGACUUCUUAAGAGAGAUAUUGUAUUUGCCGCAUCACUCUAUCUCUAAUUUAUUUUGGCAUAGAAAAAAAUCUUCGAUGAAAACAUCCUUGAAGAUUUUUAAUUGAUUUUUAAUGAAAUUAUAUAAGUUUUAGGAAUUAAAUAAAUGAUUUUGUGGUUUUUCCCAAA